UCUCUCUCUCUCUCUCAUGUAGAAGGGCAGCUGUUCAAAGCUGCCUCUUCUCUCUCUCUCGCUCUCAGAUGCUCAAACCAAUCUCUCUCUCUCUCUAGGGUUGUUCGACUCUUCACGAACUUAAUCGUAAUUGGAUGCUAAAUUCAUUCGGAGAAGCAGCUAAAGCCGAUCAUACACAGCUCUUUCGAAUCGAUUGACUUGUUGAGGUUCUGUUAUAAAUUAUUCUGCUGCUGCCUUGUGGGAGACGCCAGACAUUUUAGGGCCUGUGCUGAUAUUUUGACAUUACAACAUGCCAAAGGAGAGAAGAGAUCGAUCUGUGUCUUUUGAUAGAGCCAGGGCAUCUCCUUUUCCUUGCAGCUCUAGUCGCUCAAGACAUUCAUUACCCAAAAAUCCUUCUGAAACUGAGAAUGAGAAAGAAUGGGAGGAAGCUCGAUGCCCCGUCUGCAUGGAACAUCCACACAAUGCAAUUCUCCUCAUAUGUUCAUCCCAUGAGAAAGGCUGCCACCCCUACAUGUGUGACACAAGCUACCGCCACUCGAACUGUUUCGACCAGUUCCGCAAGUCUUUUGAUGAAACAUCAUCAACAAUGCCUCAGCAAGAAAGUACUCCACUUUCUACAGAGGACUCUACCAGUGGUGUGAUAUCAGAAGCAACAGUCACCAAUUUGCAGGUUCAAAGUAGCGAGGAAGCAUCCACCUCGUUACAUCCCAUCUCAUGUGAGAACCAGGUGAAGUCAAAGCUGGUGUGUCCCCUCUGUCGAGGGCAGAUCACUGGGUGGAUUGUCGAGGAGCCUGCCCGCCAUUUUAUGAAUGCAAAAUCAAGAAGCUGUGCCUGUGAGGCGUGUGAUUUCAGUGGUACAUAUACGGAUCUAAGGAAGCAUGCAAGGACAGAGCACCCUUGUGUGAGGCCAUCAGAGGCAGACCCAGAGAGGCAGCGCAAUUGGAGGAGGUUGGAGCGGCAGAGAGAUCUUGGAGAUUUGAUUAGCACACUUCAAUCUUCUAUUGGAGAGGAACGGAGUGAGGACAGCAUCUUAUCUUUUGAUGAAGGGGGAUGGUUGACGGUGUUUUUCCUUAUUCGAGUUUUUCGACCGGGGAGUAGUUUGAGGAGCAGUAGUUGGUCUGGUACCUCGAGAGCAAGAGCGAGAGCACAAGUGACUGUCAGACGGAGAUCAACAAGACUUUGGGGAGAGGAAACCCAUGAUGGGGAAACCGUAUCUGUUUCUAGAGAAGACGAUCAUGACUCUUCAGAUGGGGGGUCAGACUCUUGGAGGCCACGCCAGCGGAUUAGGCGGCAACAAACACCGGACAAUGAACUGUGAUUGCGAUACACUCGUCAAUUUGGUUGGUUAUUGUAGUUUGGUAUUUCAACCGUGGGACGGAAGGGCAGAAGCGCAAAGUAAUUUUUGCUUUCAGUCUCUUCUACCGAGCAUGGAACGGUUGUUGCUUGGAGUCGUGGAGUAUAUUGUGUACCAGAGAAACUCAACAAAGUCUAAUUUUAUUUUUAAUUUAAUCUAUAUAUAUAUAUAUAUACAUUUCUUUGGUGUAUCUUGCUUUCACAUUGUUUUGAGGUGCUGCAACUAUUUAAGAAUUUGUCUUUGAAUUGAAAACAUUUGUAUGUGAUUUCAAAUCUUUGCUUUUAUAUGAACGUGAUCAUGCAAUAGAAGGGCUGCUUUUAGUUCCAGA